AUGUCUGUUCAGGUCGUCUCCGAUCCCUUGGCUGUUUCCCUAACAACGGAGGAUCGCCAGUUCUCCGCUACCUACUGGAAGAAGAGAUUCGAUGUGCGACCUCCUUCUCCGCACCCUGCCAUAGCGACUCUAGAUAUAGAGUACAGUGAGCUGGCAAAAGCGUGGAAACGACUCCAAGAGAUCCUGCCUUUGUCAGAACAGGUUCUCUUUGAAGAACGCCCGCAAACCUUGCAAGAUGUCCAGGUCCUGAUUAGGGACGUCCAAGCCUACUGGGUUUCCAGCCCACGGCAGCGUCUUUUCAGUCGUUCGAUGGCUCUCUGCGAUACAUUCUUGGCCACGUCCGGCUCACAUGCGUUGCCGUUAAAGGCCCUUCCUAGUCAUCAGUACUACUCUUCUCUUCUUUAUGGCACUCUGCAAACCAUCAUCAAAGCAUCUUCAAAAUAUCCGAGGGUCGUUAACGGGGUGCUGGAAGCCCUCGUCAACGUGAACCGGUCAAUCUAUCUGCCCGAGAGCGGCGAGCCUCUGCAGAUUACAAACGACUCGAUACCUGCGCUCGCUAACUUCUAUUCCCACCUCUUUUUCUUCCUGGGCGAGUUGAUGGACUGGUAUGCGAGGAGAUUCAAGUGUCGACUGCUACAGAGUCUCCACGAAGACAUUUACUCUGAUUUCCGUAACCUGAUAUUAACCGUACAGAGUAGCGCGAGGGGAUUUACUCACGCAUUCGUUGAUGCACCCAGCCUCAACGACAGUGGCUGCGAUGAGACUGAUACAGUGAUGCAGCAUGCUGACCUGUAUUUGUGGGAAAAUGCUAGGCUAAGCCAAUUAGGUCGACGAAACAUCGAAAGGCGAUUCGCGGCUCAGAAUGCCAUGACUCGGUUGCUGAUAUGGGAGAUCCAGCAUAGUGCAGACCAACGGGCACAGUUGAGAGACGAAAGAGGCCAGCUUCUUGUGCAGAUGUUCGAUAUGGCGAGCAAACAAUUACGCUCAAAUGGCCACCAGCACGGCGCUAUGGUUCGCUUGACGACAGCCGCUGGGCAAGACUCACUUAACAACAUUACGUUGGCCGAAAAACAGAAGCACAAGUACACCCGGGUCGAACUGCAGCUAGGCUCAGCGCACCUUCAAGACUACUUUGACAUUGACGAUCAGUUGGCGAGCUAUGAACCUACAGAUGUGAUGGUGGAGGAGGAUGUCCUAGAUGCACUAAAACAAUGGUCAACUGAAACUUAUCCACAGAUCCUGACUCUGGGAAGCGUGCCAGAGUCCGCUUGCGCAAGCCCAGUCGCUUUGGUAUCAGCUUGUUACACCAAUCUCGCGCGAAAUGCAAACUCCCCAGUCAUUGCGUACUCUUGUUCCGUACCGCCAACGGCGAAGGACGGAAUGACCUUAUUCCAGCAAGGUCUUAUAGCGCUUGUAUACAGUCUGAUCCGACAACUACUAGAGUAUCUCCCUCCGGUAGUCAACGGCUCAUCCACGCAUAUAGUCAAGGCAGAAAAUUUCGCCCUCCUCGAUGGUACGCUAGCAUCGUGGCAAGAAGUGCUCUCCUUGGUCGAUACAUUGCUCUACUACGCACCGCCGCUACUCUUGUGCGUCGUAGACGGACUGGACCGGCUGCAAGAUCAAUCAACAGAUCAAUACAUCCGAUCGCUUGUUCGAAUCUUUGUGAGCCAUACCAGACAAUCAUCCGAUUCGACGCCUGGGCAGCAGAACGUCUUACUGAAGGUCCUUUUCACCGUCACCGGACGGCUGGCGCCGCUGAUGGAAACACUGUCUGAGAAUCCGCUUACGCUUAAGGAAUCAAGUGCUACUGAACGAAGCACCCUCAACCCACCUUCGUGUUCGGACAAUGACGUCCCGAUGGGCGAAUAA